AUGGAGGGCUCCUCUUCUCAGCCCUCUGAUUCAAAUCAGACGGCUUCUGGCGCUUUUAAGUUCCUCCAGAACCUUCCCUCUCGCGGCCUCCUCUCCUCCACCUUCCUCUCAUCAAAUCCGGGUGGGAUGCGCGUGUAUGUUUGUGUCCGUGACACAUCACCCCCAGAGGAUCAACAUAUACAGACAAACCAACAAAACAUAUUGAUUAGAUCACUUACGCUUAAGAAACAGAAGGGAGAAUCCAGUUCAAAGGAUGUGAAGGGUGCAGGUGCAGCUGAAGGUUCUAGGAAGAGGGUUGCUGAAAGAGUUUUGGAGAGCAGAACUUCAGCUAAGAGAGCCGCUAGUCAAAGUAGUUCUCGACAAGAGGGAUCAGGCAGCAGUCAAGCAUCUAGUAGGGACUUCCAGGGGUUAACUGUAGAGAGGCUCCGUGCCCUUCUGAAGGCUAAAGGUCUUUCUUUAAAGGGAAAGAAGGCAAGUAUCAAGACAAUCUAA